UUUUAAUUUUGUAUGGGUCCAAGAUAUGACCCUGUUUAAGCGGAUCACCUUACCUCUCCCAUUCAGAUCUCUUGCUUCCUACUUUCCCUUUCCACCAUCUCUCUUCUCUCUCUCUCUUUCUCUCUAAGACAAAAAAAAAACAAACAGAACCAAGAAAACAGAACUCGAAGAUGCAAGAACUACCGGAUUGCGUGUACGAGGGAAAACAACCAACCCUAAUCACUCCUUCAUCUCCCACACCAAAUCACUCUCUCCAUCUUUCAAACCUCGACGACCAUCAUUUUCUCAGAUUCUCUAUUAAGUACCUUUACCUUUUCCAAGAACCUCUCUCCUCUCUAACCCUCAAAGAUUCUCUCUCUAGGGUUCUAGUAGAUUACUACCCUUUCGCCGGCCGGAUCAAAGCCUCCGAUGAUCGUACCAAGCUCGAGGUUGAUUGUAAUGGAGAAGGCGCGGUUUUCGCAGAAGCUUUCAUGGAUAUAACUUGUCAGGCGUUUCUUGAGCUUUCACCAAAACCAAACAAGUCGUGGAGGAAGCUCUUGUUUAAGGUUCAAGCUCCGAGUUUCUUGGAUAUUCCUCCUCUUGUCAUACAGGUGACGCAUCUCCGUUGCGGGGGUAUGAUCCUCUGCACCGCGAUCAAUCAUUGCCUUUGUGACGGCAUCGGCACAUCGCAGUUCCUACACGCAUGGGCCCAUGCCAACACUAGUGCUCGUCUUCCCAUCCAACCAUUCCACUCUCGCCACGUGUUAGAUCCACGAAGUCCUCCACGUGUCACACACUCACAUCCUGGGUUCACCCGAACCACCACCACCACCUCCGACAUUUGCAAGUAUUUACAAUCCAAACCACUGGUUCCCGCCACCUUAACCUUCACCCCAUCUCUUAUCCUACGCUUGAAGAAAACAUGCACUCCCUCGCUAAAAUGCACAACGUUCGAGGCACUUGCGGCUCACACGUGGUGCUCGUGGGCUCGAUCUCUUGACUUGCCGUUGACCAUGCUGGUCAAACUUUUAUUCUCUGUCAAUAUGAGGAAAACGCUGAUUCCAGAACUUCCUCAAGGGUAUUAUGGUAACGGGUUCGUUCUAGCUUGCGCCGAGAGCAAGGUGCAAGACCUAGUCAAUGGUAAUAUUUACCACGCGGUAAAAUUAAUACAAGAGGCGAAAGCGAGAAUCACCGACGGAUAUGUAAGGUCAACAAUAGAUUUACUGGAGGAUAAAACAGUGAAAACGGACGUUUCAUGCAGUUUGGUUAUUUCACAAUGGGCGAAAUUGGGAUUAGAGGAGUUGGACUUUGGAGGAGGAAAGCCAAUGUAUAUGGGUCCUUUGACGAGUGAUAUCUACUGUUUGUUUUUACCGGUUGCCGGAAACUGUGAUGCUAUUAGGGUUCAGGUGUCGUUACCGGAGGAUAUUGUGAAGAGGCUAGAGUAUUACAUGGUUAAGUGUUUAGACGGAAAAGAUAACGAAGAAGACAAUUCUGUUGCAUAAUGAAGUUUUUCUUUAUUAAUUUCAGUGAUCUAUCUGCUACAACGAGUGAAAAAAUUUAAGUAGAUUCGAUUACAAAAAAUGUCGCUCAUGUGUCCAUGUACGAGUAAAUUAAGUUUCUUUUUCCAUUGGAAGAGCUACUCUCUAUAUAACCUCAUAAUGUAUAUAUAGAAGAUGAGACCAUUCAUCAUCUAUGUUAGUACAUAUACGUAUAAUGCUAAUAAAAGUAUUACAGCAACUAGUAAUGCU